CAAAGACAAAUACCGUCUGCCAUUUCCAACUUCUAUUUCUUCAUUUCAAAGACGAUUUUAAAAAAAUUCGAAAAAAAAGAAAAGGAAAUAUAGUCUGAUCUGCUUUUCGUUUCCCUCUAUUUUUCUUCCAUUUUCUAAUCUUUGGAGGGAAAGAGCAAAUUUUAAUUUCGUCUUGGAAAAUUCCAGCUCGUUAAAUCGAUUCAAACUUUGGGGAAGCUUGGUGUUGUUUCGCGUCGUUGUUCUGUUUGGAAGUUCGGAUUGCAGUAUAUACAGGAUAAGUUUCCUGGGGCAACUCCCCAUUAACUGAGCAAUGCAGACUAAAAAAAAGGCAACUGUAAAGAAUUCCAGAGAGCUAGCCAGUCAAAGGGUAUCAAGACAGCAAAAGAAACUGGUUGAUAAUGUGCAGGUUCAAGCUAAGAAAGUUACAGAGCUAAUUACAUCUUCUGCUAGGAAGAAAAUUGUUGUUUCUAAGGCAGUUGAGGAGCCAGUCGAUGGAACAAAUUUGGAAUCCCAGUUUAGAUUGGCGGAUGCCAAUCAUACGAACAUUGACUUCGACUAUUACUCCAGGCAUGGGUUUGAUAAUUCUUUUGUAGAUAAGGAGGAUCAUGGUGAUGGGACUACUAAUUGUUCUGCGGACACCAUCUUUUCUCCUUCUUUUCAUAUGACAAAAAGUGUUGUUGGAGGGGAAAUUUCUAGCAGAGAAGACUUCUAUAAAUACUUUCAGCAUGGAAACCAGCAAUUUCCAGACUAUGGGAAGGAGAAUGUACAGAUUGAUUGUCCUGGUGGUGGUGCUCUUCAAUCUGAAGUUUCAUCCACAUACCCCCCCAUGAAAAAUUCUAACCUGGAAUGUAGUGAUGAGAACAAUCAGGAUCACAUGUCAGCUGAAGUCCACCAAGAGAAUGAUGAUGCUGAAGAAUGUGAUGAUUUUGACCCAUACUUUUUCAUAAAGAACCUACCUGAUCUGUCCACAGUGGUCCCAACUUUUAGGCCUCUUCUGUUGCCUAAACAAACAAGAAGCUGUCCAUCAACUUCGCUUGUCUUGGACUUGGAUGAGACUUUGGUGCACUCGAGCCUGGAACCAUGUAAUGAUGCGGAUUUCACAUUCACCGUGAAUUUUAACAUGAAGGAUUACACAGUAUAUGUUCGAUGCCGGCCAUAUCUUGUAGACUUCUUGGAAAGAGUAUCAAAACUUUUUGAGAUAAUCAUAUUCACCGCCAGUCAAAGCAUUUACGCCGAGCAGCUUCUAAAUGUUCUGGAUCCAAAGAGGAAAAUAUUUCGCCAUCGUGUCUACCGUGAUUCCUGCGUGUUUGUUGAUGGAAAUUACCUCAAAGAUCUCUCUGUUCUCGGUCGUGACUUGUCUCGUGUUAUUAUAAUCGACAAUUCUCCUCAGGCAUUCGGCUUCCAAGUUGAUAAUGGAAUUCCUAUCGAAAGCUGGUUCGAUGACCGUUCUGACAGGGAAUUGUUAUCGGUCAUCCCCUUCCUAGAAAGUCUAGUCGGAGUUCAAGAUGUGCGGCCGGUGAUCGCCAAGAAGUUCAAUCUUCGCGAGAAAAUAGCAGCUGCUGUGUGUCCUUCGGAUUUCAACGGAGAACCAUUAGGCCGAUGAAAAAAUGUUCUUUGCUUGGGAAGGAAAAAAAAAGGUAUUGGAGAUUCGAAAUAAACCUUCCAAGAACUGAUAGGCUCGACUUGCUGCCGGGCAUGACUCGGGUUGUUCCGACGGGUAUUGGGUAUCGACUCUGACAUUGGAGCUGUAGCAUCUGUCAGGGGAAAAAUAAUAUAAGACUGCCAAAUUUCCAUUGAAACUCUCUUGGAGUGUUGGAUUUACAUUUACUUGUUGGUUCUCUGUGUUUUGGUACUUAUGAAUUUUUCUGGUGACUUUUUAUUUAUAUGUUUGCCUUUAGUGUUUCAAAUUAUUA